AUGGACGUUAACACAAUGCCCCGAUAUACCGGCCCGGUCAGUUCUAUAAUUUUUCUUUUCUGAUCUGAACUUUCUGCAGAUUUCUGAUGCCAAAUUCCCCCAUCUGACCAUCAUUUUGUGUGCGACAGGUCUCCUUUUCGCCUCCUGGUUCAUGGUUCUUGAGGUUCUUCCCUUUUCCCGGCAUUUUUCAGUUUCUUUUCAGGUUACCUCGAACAAGUAUAACCGAAGCAUCCUCAAGGAGCUGACAAUCGCCUCUUUGGCCGCACUUUUCCUCGGUUUCGGUACCACUUUCCUGCUUCUUUGGGUUGGUAUCUAUGUUUAA